CAUCGCGUCCCUUUCUAUCCCGUUGCAGUGAAAAGAAAUCUUUUGAUUAACGUAAUUUUAACAAAACUGACAAAAAUCGUAUUUUUGAAAUAUAAUAAAAUGAAGACGAACUUUGUCUUCUUCUUGUUUUUGUUCAACUUGGAAAUAAGACACGUUUUUACGGAUUUUUAUUCUUCAAUAGCAACACUGACACAACUUUCUCAGAACGAAUUAAAACUGGUUUCAGCCUUACGAAGAUUCAUUGUAGCACAAGAAAAGGAGGAAGAAUACGUAGACGACUAUCUGAGACAAUUUUUACGAACUACUGAAGGUACUGUAAGUGAAAAAGUCAUAGAUAAUCCCAUAGAUGCUUUCCAUCUACUGAGGAGAUGGGUUGAAGACUGGCAGAAAUGUUUCGAUAUUGUGGUUUGUCCAGAUUGUGAUAUGAAUGGACCAAAAAUAGAUUUUAAUUUAACCCGAGGCAUAGUCGAAAAGCGUGUUGGUGGAUGGCCACAGAAAAGUGACUUAGAUGCAGCUGUUUCCGCCAUAUUCCGUCUUUUGAAUUUUUAUCAGUUUGAUUUACACGAAUUUCUCCAUGGAAAGAUAUUUGAGUUUGAGACAGCGCCAUUUACUCCAGCUGAUGUUAUUUACAUUGCAAACAAAGCAGAAGAAACCAACAAUAUGUAUAACUCUAUCCAAUUCUUAGAAACCUUAUUAGAUGAAUUAAAGAAAGGAAAAUUUCCAAACAGUCACGUGAAUUCAACGACGUUAUCAAGGAUAAUUGCUGCGGCUUAUAACAGAUAUGAUAUGCCUGGAAAAUCAGUAGAAAUUUUAAAAGAGUGUGCAAAAGCAGAACCAGGAAAUAAAAGACUACAUAAUGAUUUUGACUAUUUCAAAACGAGGGCAGCAAGUAUAUCCAAAUUAGAGAAUGUGACGGCCUUUGAUAAAGCAGACACAGAGGACAAUAUGACGAGAGAUUACGAGAACUUGUGUAGGGGAAGUUUAAAGAGUCCCAAAGAACUGUCAAGACUGUUUUGUUAUUAUAAAGCAACUGAUGAUCCGUUUUAUUUCGUAAAAACAGAGCUAGCUAAUUUGCAGCCACGAAUAUUUCUAUUUCAUGAUAUAAUAUCUGACGACGAAAUAGAUUUUUUACGAAACAUAAGUGAGAAAAAGUUAUCCCGAUCUACAACCACGACAAAGCAGGGAAUGUUUGGUUCAGAAGACAGAAUAAGUCAUACUGCUUGGUUGAGAGACAUAGAAUAUCCGGAAUUAAAGAAGUUGUCAUUACGAAUAAAUCUGAUAACAGGACUGGAAACAGAGUUCAAAAUACGUUAUAGUAACACUGAAGAAUAUCAGAUUCUAAAUUAUGGAGUGGGAGGAAUGUAUAAACCACAUGUUGACCCACUGUCGGAACUUUCCAUGUUCCCAAGAGAAUGCAAAGGCUCUGGAGAUAGAAUAGCAACAAUGAUGUUUUAUCUAUCGCAUGUGAUGUAUGGCGGAGCGACAGUAUUUCCGAAUCUGAAGACAAGAAUACCUGUUCAAAAGGGUAGUGCAGCUUUUUGGUAUAACUUGGAAUUAAAUGGAGGGAUAGACCAACGCAUGUUGCAUGCUGGAUGUCCUGUCCUUGUUGGUUCUAAAUGGGUGAGCAACAAGUGGAUACGAGAAAACGGACAGAUGUUUAAAAGACCAUGUGGACUUAAAAAGAAAUCAAAAGAAAAAAGACUGUAAAAUGUGUAUUUAGUGAACUUAUUUAUCUGCUUUUGAUGAUUUAGACAAGAACUGCAGUUUAUAUACAUAGAUGUACAAUUACUCUUACACAUAUCAGUUUUCAUAAUUCACAAUUACAAAAAUGUAUUUGCUACUAAAACAUGUAAAAUGAUCAAUAAACAAUAAUAACAUUGAUUA